AUGCGUACAUUGAAACAUUCAUUGCAGCGCCGCAACCAUCGGGAGCGGGCGCAGCCAGUAGAACGUCAGAAAUGGGGUCUUCUAGAAAAACCAAAGGAUUACCGCCUAAGGGCUCUGGAUUAUCGCUCAAAGCAGCUUCGGCUCAAACGGCUUCGUGAAAAAGCAGCAGAAAGGAAUCCUGAUGAAUUUUACUUUGGAAUGAUGCGAGAAAAAACAAAAGAUGGUAUUGUUUAUGUUAGCCGAGGGAAUCCUGUAUUAUCUGAAGAAAAUGUACGAUUGUUAAAAACUCAAGAUUCAGCAUAUAUUAAAACAAUGCAACGCAUUGAAAAUGAGAGGAUAAAAAAACUUGAGGAACGUAUACAAAUGAAUAUUCAUACAACAUCCGACCGUGUAGGAAAACAUUAUUAUUUUAUGGAUGAAGUAGAUCUUCAAGAAAAGCAUGAUAAAGAACAGAAAAACCAGGAUACAUGUCACCAAAUGUUAGAAAAAUCCACAAAUGAGCUUUUUAAGUUUGAUAGCCAAACGGAAACAGCUCUUGAUCAAAAUGAUGUUCAGUUUAUUCAAACGUUUACAAAAAGUGCAUUGCCAAUUGAUUCUAAACUGGUGCACGAAUUAGAGUCACGGAAAGCGCGAGCGGCACAACUAUCAGUCUUAGCAAAACAUAUUGAUCUUCAUCGAAACCUACAAACAAAAGGCGAAAGGAAAAAAGUAGGCACUUCACAAGACGGGGUCCCUAUUUACAAAUGGAAACUUGAAAGAAAAAAAUAG